GACGUUAGUCUUUUCCGUCAGGUUGAGACUUCUUUAAGCUGUCCUGCUCAUUUGUCAUGAGAAAAUCUCAGCCAUGAGGGUAACAAUUAUGUACAUGUAUUAAGAGUUUUAAACACCGAGGGCGGUUUUGCAGUUAGAAGUCUGAAGAAAUCAAGAUGACUACGAAUUUCGCGUUGCCAAAACCUUUGCGAAGAACCGGGAGCCUGCCUUCUUCCAGAACGGUCCGGAUUGUGAUUUUGGGGCAAGCGGCCGUUGGAAAAACAGCAAUGACAGUGCGAUUCAUCACGAAGAGAUUCAUUGGAGAGUACGACCCGACCCUCGAAACCAUUUACAGGCAUGAAAUGUCUAUAGGUGGAGAGGUGGUUCACUUUGAAAUUCUGGAUACAGCUGGACAGGAGGAAGAUGCCUUGCUCAUUGAGGAGAAGAUUAAGUGGGGUGACGGUUUUGUCAUCGUCUACUCCGUGACAGACAGGUGCAGCUUUGACGAGGUCAUGCGACUGUGUUUCCUUAUCAACCACAUCCACUCUGGCCCCCGCAAGAGCAGUGCUGAGCCUCCACCCAUUGUCAUUGUGGCCAACAAGAAGGACCUGGAGUUUGACCGGAUGGUGACCACAGAGGAUGGUGAGAACCUGUCCAAAGGCCUCAAGCUGCCUUUCUAUGAAAUCUCCACCAGGGACAGCUGUGAGGAGACAGCGGCUGUUUUCCAUGCGCUCUAUGGGGACAUGGUUCAGCUGCUCAACUCCUCUCCCACUUCCUUCAGGAGGCGGGCUGUCUCCAAGCUGAUGGAGAAAAUCCCCCGGAUCCACUCCAGCUCCACACUGGGAACCUCUGGCCGAAGCUUCAGCUUCAGUUCCUUUAAAGACUUUCUACAGGACUGAGGAUUGACUUUUCAUCAUUACAUACCUCCCUCAACAACCCCACCCCCACCGCCCCACCCCCAGAACUAAGGCCUGUUCUAACCUUGGACAUCCCGAGAAUAAUGAAAUAAAACUUUCAGCUGAAUCCAUACUUAGUUUUACAUGAAACUCUCUAACUUGUCUUGUCUUUCUACAUCAGUGAUUGGGAAACAAUUGACUUUUUUAGUCCCACUGUUGUUGUGGGUAGCCACCAUACUGGACAGAUCCGAGAGAUGAGGGAAAGAGUAAUCUUACCAUCAUUUAUAUAUCUGUAUGUGUAUAUGUGUGUG